GUUAUUUUGACAAGAGACAAAUUGGCCCAAUUUGCAGAAGUUUUGUGGAAGGAGGUGUGAAAAAGGCAGCAUGAACUUUACCCCGACACAUACCCCUGUCUGCAGAAAGCUGACAAGUGUCUCCAAGCCCAGUGUUGCCUCCGGCAUCGGGGGUGCCGCCAAGCGGGGGGGAAUGGCAGAGUCGGUGGAGUCCACUCCCUUGCCUUCCCUUGAAGAUCGUCUGGCCUUCCUCUGCCCUUCUCAGGAGCUUCUGGAAUAUUAUCAAAAGAAGAUGGCUGAGUGUGAGGCAGAAAACGAGGAGCUGUUGAUGAAACUGGAGCUCUACAAAGAAGCUUGUGAAGCACAGCAUAAACUCGAAUGGGAUCUGCAGCAGAGGGAGGAAGAGAUCGCCGAGCUGCAGAAAGCUCUGAGUGACAUGCAAGUCUGCCUCUUCCAAGAACGGGAGCACGUCUUACGCCUCUAUUCAGAAAACGACCGACUGAGAAUCAGGGAGCUGGAAGACAAGAAAAAGAUUCAGAACCUCUUGGCUCUUGUGGGAACAGACGCUGGAGAAGUGACCUAUUUUUAUAAGGAGCCUCCGCACAAAGUCAGCAUUCUCCAAAAGACUAUCCAGGCUGUAGACGUAUGUGAACAGAAUGAAUCUUCAGCUUUAAAAACAGAUCCUAAAGUAAGCAAAAGAAGACCAGCAAUGAAAGAGAGGGAAGAAAGUUCUGAGCAUUACCAAAGAGACGUACAGACACUCAUCCUACAGGUGGAAGCACUGCAGGCUCAGCUGGAGGAGCAGACCCGGCUCUCGAGAGAACAAGUCGAAGGACUCAUGGAGGACAGACAGAUUCGCACUGAGGAAAUACAAGUUCAGCACCAGAGAAAUCAGGACAAAAUCAAAGAGCUAACCAAAAGUCUCCACUACACCCAAGAACUGCUCUAUGAGAGCACCAAAGACUUUUUGCAGCUCAAAUUUGAAAACCAAAAUAAAGAGAAGUCAUGGAUGCUUGAAAAGGAUCAUUUGAUGUCAAAGAUUAAGCAAUGUAGGGCACAGCGUAAGAGGAAAGAAGAUAAAAUUGGAAAAGUUUUGCCAGUUAUGCAUGAGAGUCAUCAUACCCAAAACGAAUAUAUUAAGUCCCUAAAGGAGAAGUUAAUACAAGAGAAAAAGCUGUCCAACAUGUAUCAAGAGCAGUGCAUUUCCCUGGAAGAAGAACUUGCCCGAAUUCGUGAGGAAGAGGGGAUGAGGAGAGAGAUCUUUAAGGACCGCACUAACAAGAUGGGGAAGCGUUUACAGGUAAUGACAAAACGCUACGAGGCCUUGGAGCAUCGACGCAUCCUGGAAGUAGAAGGCUUUAAGACAGACAUUAAGGUCCUCCGACAGAAACUGAAAGACCUGGAGCAAACGCUCUAUAAGGCAACGGUUAAUGCCCGGGCAAACCAGGAUCUCGCCAUUCUUUGCGAGGUCCGGGACAGCAACAGACGGGCACAUAAGAUGCAAGGAGAACUGAAGAGCCUCAAGUCCAAGGUGUUCGGUCUGGAGAACGAACUCAGACUCUGCUGACGCCUCCGCUUGGAAACGGCCCCCGUUUGGAAGAGGUCCGCUUCCUGGAAUCCGAGAAAAAUGACAUCUCCCGGAAAGUUUAGCCCCGGAGUUGCCUAGAGUGGUGGGAUCCAUCCUUGCGAAGACAGAGCGAAGAGUCAAGGACCGCCGAGAAAGCUGUCCUCGCACGCCACGCGUCACUUACGAUUUCUGCUGUCCGGUUAGCUCGCCUGGGCCUGAAUGACUUAGAGGCUUUCAGUAUUUCUCCCGUUUAUAUUAACAGGUUUUUGGUUUUUUUUAAGAAGACAAUGAUGAUGAAAACUUAGGAAGAAAGUAUUUUGCUGUGAGCUUGGCUGAGUGUCAGCGGAAAGGACACUUUCCGUAAAGAGAGGGCGCUCGCCGAGGCGGCCUUUCUCCUAAGCAGAGGGCAAAGGC